UCCGCGCAGGCGCAGUGCCGCCAUGGCGGGCGGGGGUACCGCCGCGCGCGCUCUGACGCGCGUGGGACACGGGGCGCGCGCUGCGGGGUGGGGGCGGCUCCUGGGCCCCGAGAAGACGCUGGGGCUGCUGGAGGCUGCCGUGGUGCACCAGGAAGGAGCCCUGCUGGCGCUGAGCAAGCCCCCCGGCCUGCCCGUCCUGGGGUGCCCCGGGGAGCUGAGCCUGGUGACGCUGCUGCCGGCGCUGAGACGGCGCCUGGGCCUCACCGCCGAGCUCCACGUGGUAAAGGCUCCUGCCAGGGAGUGCUCUGGCCUUGUCCUCCUGUCCAGCUGCCACCGCACCACCGAGCAGCUCCAGCAGUUCUUCACCGACACCCGCCAGAGGGGCCAGUAUCCAGUGACGUACCGCGCCGUCACCGUGGGGGUCCCAGCAGAGGCAGAGGGUGAGAUUCGCACCGGGCUGUGCUGGCAACAGCAGGGUGACACCACCGUGGUGGUGCCAGUGCCGGUCCCAGGGCGCCGCAGCCUGGCCAGGAAGGAGGUUAAGAGCACCGUCACACGCUACCGGGUGCUGGGUGCCGCACGGGGCUGCGCCCUGCUCCAGCUCCAGCCCAGGACAGCCUUUCCCGAGCAGCUCCCGGUGCACCUGACGCUGCUGCUGUGCCCGGCCCUGGGUGACCACGAGCACGCAUCCCGCGUGGGCAGGGUGCUGGGGGUGCCCUUCCUCCUGCCCCCCGAGGCCGCCCCGACCCGCACACAGGUGCUGGAUGAGGAGCUGCUGCGCCGGCUGGGGCUCUCCCCACAGCAGCUCCGCCACCUCCCGCUCCACCUCCACCUGCAGCAGCUGGUGCUGCCCCAGGGCCUGCUCUGCACCCCCCCGCCACCCCCUUUCCUGCGCACCCUGCGCCUCCUGGGGCUGCCCGAGCACCAGGAGCCCUAGCACCCGUGGGGGCACCCCCACCCCAACCCACUCCCCUCUGCCACGCCAUUAAAUCCCCACCUGCCACCGGGGCGGCUCAGUA